AAAAAAUGUUCCAAAAACACGACAACUAUAGUGACACUCAGUCUUGUCCCUUCUUCUUCUUCUUCUUCUUCCCCUCCCUCAACACAUCAAAUCAAAUACAUAAAGUUCAAAACUUUUCUAUUUUCCAAAUUCAAAUUGAUUCUCCUUCACUGAAAAAGUGAUUCUUGGAACUGGGUUUGUCCUCUACUGUUUUUGCAAUGGCUGAGGAGAAAGAUGCUUUCUAUGUUGUAAAGAAAGGAAAUGUUAUUGGCAUCUACAAGUCUUUCACUGAUAUUCAACCUUUACUUUCAUCUUCUGUUUAUGGCGACUCUAUAAGUGUUUAUAAAGGGUUCUCUUUACCUCAAGAAACUGAGGAGUAUCUUAUCUCACAUGGGCUUAAAGGAGCCACCUACUCUAUCAGUGCUGCGCAUGUAAAUGCCGGUAGUUUUGGAAGACUUGUUGCUUGUCCAUAUCAGGAACCAUAUCCUUCUGGAGCAGGAUCUGUUAUGGAGAAUUCCUCAUCGAAGAGCUCACAAGGUGCAUUGCAAGUUGAUGCUAGUGAUCCAUAUUCCUAUGGAGGGAGAACUAAUAUGGUGAAUUCCUCAUUGAAGAGCUUGCAAGGUUCCCCACAACUUGAUGCUAGUAAGGGAGCUGGAUCAUCUUCGUUUUCGACAAGUUUGCAAAGGAAUCAUACAAUAAAUAGAUUACAACUACAAGCAGAGUUUCCUUCUAAUACUUGUCUUUCUUGUACACUCGAGUUUGAUGGUGCAUGCAAAGGAAAUCCUGGACCAGCCGGUGCUGGAGCUAUACUGCGUGCUGAAGAUGGGAGUAAGGUUUAUCGAUUGCGUGAAGGAGUUGGUACUGCUACAAAUAACGUUGCUGAAUAUCGAGCAUUGAUUUUAGGAUUGAAACAAGCUCUCAAAAAAGGAUAUAAGCACAUACGUGUUCAAGGAGACUCACUGCUUGUUUGCAAUCAGAUUCAGGGUUUAUGGAAAGUAAAACACCAGAAUAUGGGUUACUUAUGCAAUGAGGCCAAGGAGCUGAAGGAUAAGUUUCUGUCAUUCAAGAUAAACCAUGUUCUUAGGGAAUAUAACGCUGAAGCUGAUAUUCAAGCGAACCGCGCCUUAAAUCUUCAAGCUGGUCAAGUUGAAGAAGAUUGUGAGCCAAAUUAAUGAUCUACUAGCAGCAUAAAUGGCUAGCUUAUGCAUUUUGGCUGUAACAAAGGUCCCAACUCCCAAUUAAAUUUCUUAUGUGACAUUUCUUGUAUAGUUUGUGCCCUAUUUAAAUGCUGUUAGCUUAGGGAAUAUUUGGAUGGCAUUGCUUAGCUAAUGUAAGACUUUAUAAGGAUUUAAUUACAUGUUGAAGGUUUAAAAUUUUACAUUUUAGUGGUAUUUGA